AUUCCAGCAAGCCUGAUAGAGCCUUCAGGCCCGUCCAAAGCCCAUACCAAACCAUCCUCAUCCCCCACAAUGGAAAUGCAAAGUCGACCGAACGAUGAACGCAUGCCAGAUUCGGUCCCACACGAUGAACACGAGACAAGGAAUGAUACAUUUCAAGAUGGAGGACAGCAGCCUGAUUCAGUCGGAGUCAGUUCAAGCCAGGGCAAACCACCAGAGCUUCCCACAUUGAUGGCAGAGAUCGUCUUUGUGAUUGUCUGCACCAUGGGGCAGCUUCUGUUUGCCAUCUUUCUAGCCGAUACCAUGGUCAACCAGGUCAACUUGGUUGACGCUCUAGGGAACAGUGGUUCUCUAUUACCGUGGCUCAUCGGCUCGUUCUUACUUACCAAUGGAAUCUCGGUUAUCAUUUCGGGUUCAUUAGCAGACCUGACCAAUCCCAAAUGGUUGACUGACUUGAUCUGUGUGUUCUCCAUUAAGCCCUCCCGGAUGGUCUUGUAUUUCUUCGUUAGAGCCAUGCAAGGGCUUGCGGUGGGAGUCCUUGAAUCCACCGCGAUGAACAUGCUCGGGCGAAUCUACAAACCUUGGCAACGCAAGCCUUGCCUUGAUGUCGGCAAUGAGAUUACAAUGGGAUUCGGUGUCGGGGCCCUUCAGGGUGGUGCGUUCAGUGCGCACUUGGAGUGGGUAUUUGGCUCUACAACCAUUCUUUCUACCCUGUGUGCUGUAGCGGCAUAUUUCACCAUGCCAUCGCUGAAGCCAUCCUCAUCUGACGCAACAGGCAAUGAGGCCUUGUCUAUAAAGCACUUUGAUUUCUUAGGAGCAGCCCUGUCUGCGGGUGGCUGUGGUUUCCUCGUCAUUAGUCUUACCCAGGGCGCUCCGGCACACUGGACCCCGGCUCUUAUUUUUGUUGCCUUUUACUUUGCUGAACGCUGGGUGUCCCGUCCACUAAUUGACAAUCGACUGUGGAAAACCCCGGGAUUCCUCUGGCUUAUGGGCUCAUAUUUCCUGGGCUAUGGUGCUUAUGUUGUCGCCUGGAUGUUUUAUGCCGUCCGCUUCUUCCUCACCAUUCAGGAUAGACCACCAAUCAUUGCGGAUGUCUAUCUCCUCCCUGUUGCUGUCUCUGGGACCAUUGCCACCUGGGUUGUCGCGAAAACAUUGCAUAUCAUCUCCGGUCACUACAUUAUGAUCCUCAGCAUGAUUGCCUUCACUCUGGGGCCAGUAUUCUUCCUCCCUCGAACGGAAAUCAUGAUAUACUGGGCACUAUCAUUUCCCGGUCUUAUUCUGAGCACCUUCGGCCCGGACAUGUCGUUCGCAGCAGCUUCGAUAUUUAUUUCCUCCAAUGUCCCGAGGCCCUUCCAAGGCGCUGCUGGCAGCUCUUGAUCACUAUGCAUGACUUGUCCACGGCAGUUUUUACUGCCGUUGGGGAUAGUAUCGGAGAGAAGGUCACCAAGGGCGAGGGAUAUUCUCUUGAUCUGGAUGCUCUGAGAGCGAUUUGGUUUUUUAGUUUAGCAGCUUCUUUACUGGCAGCCUUAAUGUGAGGUCUUUUUGUUCGUAUUCCAAAGAGCGUUGAGAAGGAGCAUGUACAAUAAUUACAAUUUCACUUCUCUGCAUUU